UUGAUGAAAACAAAUAAACUUCUUUCAUUCAGUUAAUUUAUCUUGUUGUGUUAUAUUAUUUGUGAAUAAGUUUAUUAAAAGCGCUCAAUAUGUCUGCAUUGGGUAUGAAAACUGAAGACAUCACUAAAGCUCUAGAAACACCAGAAGAAAAAAGAUUGAGACGAUUGGCGAAAAAAGCAGCAAAAGAAACAAAGCGAAAGUUAAAAUUAAUUGGAUAUACUAAUGAAGAUAAUCCAUUUAAUGAUCCUGAGUUCGAUAAGCCUUUUAUUUGGUGGAAAAAAUACGAAGCCUUAGGUAUUAAAAAUAUUGACGAAAUUCACGCAGACAUUGAAAGGAUACGCCAGUCAAAUAUCGAUGAAUUGGAAAAAAUUAGGAAAAGAAGACAAGAACGGGAAAAAGAACGAGAAGAAAGGACUAAAGAGAUGGAGGCUCGUCGACGAGAUGAAGAAGCUGGUAAAUUUAGGAGUUGGGUUGAUGGUGAGGAACAGUUUCUUUUCAAACAAGCCAAACUUCGUUCUGAAGUUAGAAUGAAAGAAGGACGAGCUAAGCCCAUUGAUUGGUUGGUUGCAUAUAUCAAUGCAAGUGGAAACGAAUCAGAAUAUCAAGAACAUUUGGUUGAACCAUAUCGUUAUUUGAAUGGUUUGAGACUGAGUGACAUGGAAGAUCUCCAGGAAGACAUUAGAGUUUACAAACAGCUGGAUUCUACUGAUAACUUAGAAUACUGGAAAGACUUAGAAAUAAUUGUACAGGACGAACUCUUGAAAUUGAAAUGUUAUCAAGCUUCAAAGAAUCAAAAAGACGAUGGUAUCAACCCAUCAGUUGCUAAAGAGCAAAACAAAAUACUUACUGAUAAAACUCCAUCUCAACUGGUGGCAUUACAAGCAGCAAUCGAGAAAAAGAUGGCUAAUCACCAUGAAGUGAUAGACAUUAGUUACUGGGAAAAUUUACUUGCUAAAGUCAAAGCACAUAUGGCUCGAGCUCGUCUGCGGGAUAGACAUAAAGAAAUUUUAAGAAAGAUGAGCAAACAAGAAGUACACAAUCAAAGUCAACCAGAAAGUAUGUCUGAUGAAAACGAUCAAGAAGACGACUAUGUUGAUCCUCUCGAAGCAUGUAUUGAAGAGUAUCAAAGAGGAGGUUAUUCACCAACUCUAUUGAACAAAAAGGACGUUGAUUCAUCUUUAAUUAUCAACCCUGAUGAGGACCUACGAAAUCUAGAUAUUAAACGACAAAUGGUAUUAUCGCAACCAAGUAAACUGGAUAAAACUUCUACGGCAACUGCUGCUGAAUUGCAAUUCGAAAAGGAAGCUCGACGUGGUAUGGGAUCUGAUGAAGGCAUUUUAAGAAUCGAAGAAAAUAUAGUACAAGAUCCAAGUAUUGCUUCAUGGUCGGAAAAAUAUCGCCCAAGGAAACCUCGAUAUUUCAAUCGUGUCCACACUGGAUUCGAAUGGAACAAAUACAACCAGACACAUUAUGACAUUGACAAUCCACCUCCGAAAAUUGUUCAGGGAUAUAAGUUUAACAUAUUCUAUCCUGAUUUAAUCGAUAAGAGUAAAACACCGACGUAUACAGUUACUCCAUGUGCUGAUAAUAAAGACUUUGCUAUCAUUAAGUUCAAGGCAGGGCCACCCUAUGAGGAUAUUGCAUUUAAAAUUGUGAAUAGAGAGUGGAAUUAUUCAUAUAAAAGUGGCUUUCGUCGUCAAUUCAGCAACAAUAUUCUACAGCUUUGGUUCCACUUCAAAAGAUAUCGUUACCGUCGUUAAUUUAUCGGUGUUAUCUAUAUUUUGUGCUAUUAAAUAUUCAAAAAAUCAACUUUUAUCCACAACUUUUCUACAUUGUACUUAUUGAAAGAUAGAUUGUAAAUAUAAUGAAUUUUC